GUUCAAAUACAUUUUCAUUGCUUUCACUUUCUGAACGCUUGCUUUUUUCAUUCAAAGAGAGAAUUUUGAUGGGAAAUUACAGGUUUAGGUUAUCUGAUAUGAUGCCCAAUGCCUGGUUUAACAAGCUGAAAGACAUGGGGAGAGCUAGAAACCAUAGCAAUACUAAUCCUUCCAGGAAAAAAAAACACCAGAUAUCUUCUGCUUCAGCAACAACACAGCCAUCAAAAAUAAAGCAACCCCACCAAUUUUAUCCAAGAAAGUCUUAUUACUUCACUAGAGAGCUUAUCCCAAGUGAUAAAUUCUAUGUUUCUCCUACAAACACCAAAUCUCCGGAUCCCCGUUUCCCUGACCCACCAAGAAAAUCUUCUAAACAACGAUCUAGAAAGAGAAAUAUCAGGUCGUCACCCGAGCUUGUUACUUCCUCUGUUUCUGCCAGUUGUAGCUGCCGUGCCACACUCUGGACUAAGGCUGAUUCUUCACCAGAAUACUCAGCUUCUUUCUCUUCUUUGUCCUCUUCUGAUGAUAGCUCUUCAGACCAAAAACUUUGUGAGUCUUUACCACAAGAAUUCAGGUCUGACUGUAUUCUUACUACUGAAUCAUUCGAUAACAUGGUAUCCUGGUCACGUCCUUGUACCUGUAAAGUCAUGAAUUCUAAAGCGAAUGAUACUGCUGUCGAUGCUGAUAACAAGUCUUUUGUUAAGAAAUUCGACAAGUUAGAUGAGUUCGACAAAUUGUCUGAGCUUGAACUCCCUCGGAUCAUAACCAAGCCGGUAAUAUUCAACGAUACGGUAAAGGAUAUAAAGAAGAAAGAACAGAACCGUGAACCAACCAAGUAUAGAAGGAAUUCAACUAAAUUUCAGGAAAAAAAUGCUCAUUGUUCACUUUCUGUCAAGGUUGUCGAGGAAGAGAGACCUACAGUGAAAGAGAACAACAAGAACAUCAGUCCUGUUAGGAAAUUUUCUGUCAAUUCUCCUGGUAUAAGGCUUAGAACAAAUUCUCCAAAAAUAGCAAGCAGAAGAAUUCAGGGUCAUGCUCGAAAAAGCGUGUCAUCAAGUUCAAGCUCGAGAUCAAGGAGGAGUCUGUCUGAUAGUUUUGCUGUGGUGAAGUCGUCGUGUGAUCCUCAGAGAGACUUCAGGGAGUCAAUGGUGGAGAUGAUUAUGGAGAAUAACAUCAGGGCAUCAAAGGACUUGGAAGAUUUACUUGCCUGUUAUCUUUCCCUGAAUUCUGAUGAAUAUCAUGACCUUAUCAUUAAGGUUUUCAAGCAAAUCUGGUCUGAUAUGAAUGAUGUCCAGAUGAAAUAAUUUCCUCCCAAAUAUAAUAAUCUCCUUCUCUUUCUUUUUUAGUC